AUGCCACGUAGUAUACAACUUGUUCCUGUGUUGUUACAAACCGCCAGGUUCAACAUUGCUUGUUCCUUCGUAGUCGCUGCCUUUACAUGGGACACCUUGAAUCAG